GACGACGCAGAAACGAGAGUCCAGAGAGAUAUCUGGCCUCGCCGUCUGCGUACAGCCCCCGCGCCCGCCACUCAAGACCUUGGGUAGCCUUCCCGCCGGGGAGCGAGAAAGAGCAGCACAGAAAGGCAUGAAAGCACAGACUUUCCGACUUUCUUUUCCUCUACAUUCUAAGCUCUUUUUCCUCUCGGAUCAAGCAACAGUCGCAACCACCGAGAGGGACAGCUAGAGGAGAGCAACGAGAGAGCUCGUUGUGCUUUUCUUUGUGGCAAAAAACAGCCAAGGAACAGACGCGCAAGAACAAGAAGCGUUCCCCGUUUCUCCCUGCGGCUGAGAAACUCGAACGUACUUCGGAUGCCGGAAAGUCGAGAGUUCCUCUCGACCGGCACCUUCUUGGUGUCUGUACACGACGCGCUCUCCUUGAAAUCGGGAAAACAGGGUGUCUAGACAGUGUGUGGGCGUCAAAGUGGUGGGGAAACGAACAAUUUCGCGUUUUUCUCUGAAGAACAACCUUUCCGCAAACGAAACCUCAGGCGACCUGCGACGACAAACGUCUCUCAGGCAGUGAACUUCGUUUGUCGAGCGGAUGCCGGAGACAACGAGGCAGGCAACAAAGGACGAGCGACAUCGCCUUCCAUUCCUUUCUCUCGCUGUCGUCAUGGCCCUCUCUGAAUCGCCUUCUUCUCUGGGUGUGCCUCCACGUUUCUUCUUUCUGUGAAUCGUCUCUGUCUCCCCCUCUUUUACUUCUUCCUCUCUCCGUGUAUCAUCGUCUCUGUCUGUCGCGUUCGUUUCUCGCUGUCGUAUUCUUCUCUCCGCGUAGCUUCUUUGCCUCUCUGUCGGUCCUCUUCCUGUCACUGUGUCGUUGUCCUUCUUUUUCUUGUCUUGUUCGUCCUCCGUCGAGAGGACUCAAGUCGCCGUUUUCCUCUCUUCGGCUCUUCUCUUCCUCGCGCCCCUGUUGAGUUUCUGCGGAACUUUUUCUACCGCGUGAUGUUAUUUACUGAAUCUCCACACGUAUAGCUCCACUGAGUUCUAUCACCAGCAAAGUUUUCCUUCUCUGGUUUUUCUCUUGAGUCCCGUGCAGCUUCUCUCGUAGCCCUGUAGCCUUUUUCUCAGUUGCUGUUAUCUCGCUUUUUCCGCCUUCAAUCGUCGCGCCGGAGACAUCGACCUUCUCGGCUCAGCCGGCGCAGCUCCUCAGAGGUUCGGGCCUGAAAACUGUUCUUGAAAGAAUUUGCAGGGCGCCGUUUUGUUCUUGAAAGAGUUUGCAGGGCGCCGUUUCCGGGACUUGGACCGCCUCUCGCGAAAAUGCCUUUUGCCGGUGAAGACGCCCUUCGUCGGCGGAGUGCUUUGUGGUGGAUCCUUUCAGCCACUCUCCUCCUUCUCUUCUUGUUCUUCCUCUCGCGUUUUCCUUCUGUUCCUUUCCUUCCGCUCUCUUCUUCUUCGUCUCCUCCUCCCUCUUCUGGCCUCGCCUCUGCUUUUUCGUCCCUCGUUGCCCCGGCCCGAGACUCGAGCGGAGCUUCCGGAACGACUGCGAUGGAGGAUUUGCGAGGCUUCGCGAUUGCCUGGCGCGCAGCGGGGGGCUUCCUCGUGCUCCGCAGCGAGAAGAAGUCGAAGGGUCUGCACUUCCAGAUCCCCGGCGGUCACGCAGAGUUCCCACAAGAUGCCGCGAGCGCUGCGGACUUUCUCGCCCACCAGACGGUCCCCGUGGCUCCGCACUCCUUUUCGGCCUCGGGCAAGGGGCCAGAGACGGAGAACAAGAAGAAACACGUGGACGAAGAGGAAGUAGCAAGAGCGACAUGCGCGCGCGAGCUCUACGAAGAGACGGGCAUCGACGUGAGAGAAGAUCUGAACAGACUCGUCCCGCUCGCCUCGGCAGGCGUCGGCCCUUUCAAGAACCGAUUCUACUUUUUCCUCCACCUCACAGACGAGCUCCUCGCCAAUGCGCCGCUGGCGAUCCAGGCAGAAGACGCGUCGAAGGGCAAAACACGAACGCUCCUCUAUCCAGACAACUACGACCAUCAGUCUCCUGAACUGCAGGUGCAGCUGGCUGUGGGGCUCAACGAACACACGGGAUUUCGACUCGUCUCGAGCGCCGAAGAAGCUGCUCACCUCGUCACCAAGCACGCAGGUGGCCGGAGCACGAGGGCCCUCAAGGCUUUUCAGAGACUUCUUGAUAAGCACGCGCCUCUCUCUCCUCUCGACGCGGUUCGCGCGGCGACACAGUCGCCGUGACGAGGACAUGCAUAUCGGUGCAUGCAUGAGCAAAUAAGGGUCCCUCUCUGGUUGCAUGUGAACACCGUUGCUAUUCGGAGUCGAGUUACUCCAAGAACGUAACCGAUGUGGAACAACCUCACUGCAGUAGGAUGUUGAACUUCAGCGCUUUUAGCUCCUCAGGUAGAGAUGGAGGCCUACAUCGGCGGGCGGGUGGAGUGGCUCGUACUGAACGUGUCAGCAGGUAUGUGCAUUGCGCAUAUCUGCGGAUGCAGUUGUAGAGUGUUCACAUGUAGAAAGCAACGUGUGGUAACUACAACACGUGUUCCAGCUACGGUUUUUAUGUUCGUAGUGCCGACUUUGUACGCAGGAUAGGGUAACUUUUAUGUACAAGUCUUUCGAUGUCCCGCAUUUCCUUCGCUCAAUUCAAGACUUGAAAUUGAGGCAGUGUAUGGGUGAGUUUUGGGGAUGGAUAGUGAGGUCUUCCGGACGGAGGAUCAGACUUUUUUCAGACAACUUAGGGAGUUGUGCAAGCUCAGGGGGGGGGAGUGCGUCUGCAGCAGUGCUACUGUGGUGGGCGAGAGGAGGUGCUUGCAGUCACUUUUAUUGGCACUUGGCGUUCUUUGGCAGGAAGCGAGAGUCUCAAGAGACUGUCGGUGGGAACUGUGGCUAACCGGAUGUCACUGCCCUCGCUCUCUUUUACAGGGGUCCUUUUUGCCUCUGUUCCGCGGCGAGCCGCAUUGAACGUCUUGCAGACAUUCCUAUGUGUAUCGAGGUGUAUUGAGCGAGGUAUUGGGCAGUUACAUACAGUAUUGUGCACUGCGAUUGCAUGCUGAGAAUUGUAUCCACGGAGUGCGAUUUUUUCGUCAGAGCUCUUUCCACAAAACACUAACCUUGUGUCCAUAGGCAAAUGAAUUUGGGGUGUGCCGCGUAAUUAUGCAGUAUCCAGAAAGCCGAGAAAUAGAGUCGCCAAGCUCGAGAUCACUUUUUGCGUGAUCCCACUGGUCGUCCUGUGUGGCCUCUAGAAACGAAACUGAGUAGUGAGGAACCGGCUGGGAGAGUUGCAUCCUGUAGAGAUCUCUGCUUUCUCACGGAACGCGUCAUGUCUCAUCGAGAAGACCCGCACGUUUUCCGGUGUUUUCCACCAACUUCGCACUGCGGUUUUCGACGAAGACAACGACGCUGACAAACCAACAAUGCCCGCUUCACUAAUCAAAUUCGAC